GUGAGGACAGUCGAUUUGCAUUUAAGCUUUUUAAACAUGAUAAGACAACAGCUGGUUGCGGAUUCCUUAUUGUACUUUAUUCAUAACAGGUGCACUGUCAACAGUAUGUUUAUUAAAUAUUGGCGGGUAAUCUGUAAGAUCAACUUUUACGUUUGGGAAAGACUGGAUUAGUUCGGUGUUACGAAUUUUAUUUAAAAGCUCCUCGAGCUGUUUUGCCAAGACUUCUUUGCUUUGCUGCCCUGUACACUUUUGAUGAAGCACCACCUCCUGUGUGCCUGAUCCACCGCCGCUGAACAACUGAGGCCGAAAAUUACCCCCGAUCAUAACAACAGGUCUUUUGCGUUACUUUUUUCUCCCGGACAAUAGGCGACCUUCGCGCUUUUCACAAGACACCGAUCCCAUGACGACGAAGAAGCACCGUUAGAGGAAAAGAGGGGGUGUGAAAACUUUUUUUUUUCAACAAAAGGGUUAAUACGGAAAAAAAGUCUGAGUAUAAACAGGCAGCAUGCAACCUCAAACUUUAUACAAACCACCGCUUCUAUAGCUUUUUUUUAUAUUCUUUAUUUUAAUAAGCUUCUUCAAAUGUUCGGACUAUAGCAGACAGAGCUUACUUCGCAUUUUUAUUUCAUGCAUGUCCAAUCAGUCCGGUUUACUACGUGUGGUAAGCAGCAAACGCGCUCUUUUUCAGAGCGCAUUUGCAGAUUUCUCACAGCUGUAAUAUUUAGAAAGGUUGCAUUGAUUCGAUGUAAUUUUUGCAUUGCAGUUAAAAGUACAAUAACCUUUGCAUAACAAAAACAUUUUUUUCAUCCGCUGCCUGAAGCUCGGCGCAUGCGCGCUCUCUGUUUGCUGUCACUAAAACAUUUUUCUUCGCAUUGGAAACUGUCACGAGUGACGUCAAUCACGGAGCUCUGACCAAUUAGAGCGCUCGGUGAUUGUUUGGCUCCACGGGCUGCAGCGCCUACCAUGAAUCUCUAUUCAGUAUAUCAAAGCGUCCUGCUGCUGCCUCUCAACCGAAUGGGAUUCCACGUAGGCACUGAGAUAGCAACUAAACUUUAGGGGAAGUUUAUUUUUUUUUCUUCUGUAUUCUUCAAAGCGAUUAAAAUAUAUUUGUCAUCAUCAUUAUUAUUAUUUUGCCUGCUGUCAAGUUAUUCUAAAAUUAGGAGUAAUGAGCGUGGAUGCUUUGGGAAGCCCUGUGAUGGACCCCGCGUUUUCCAAACGGAACACGACGCUGAGAUUAGUUGACUUGGCAGGGGCUCACCACCAUCACCAUCAUCACCACCAUACCCCUCAGAGCGUGACAGGCUUCCCGGGGUUCAGCAGCCAUCCACACUCAAUGGCUCACUCGCACCCUGGGGAGAUGACUGCGGAACCCCGCCUGGGGCCGAGUCCAUUCGGGCCAGAACACAUGGGGCACUCCGCGGCCCUCAAAAUCAGCCCAACCCAUCAUUAUCCCCACCACCAUCACCACCACAAUCAUCAUAUUGCAGGCCACAGUGAAGUGGUCUCCAGUCAAACGGGAGCUUUUGGCCCGGUGCAGGCGGCAACGGUCCCGUACUCUAUGUCUCACACGGCCCAGGCGCUAUCCGCAGGUAGCUAUCCGGGACACUAUGGUCAUCACCCCGACCCUGGGAACCACACGCUCUUCCCUGGACUUCAUCACGACCAGCCAUCUACCGGAGCACCAGGUGGCCAAGCCUUGAACGGACAAAUAAGGUUAGGAAUACCUGCCGAAAUGUACGUUCGGUCUGAUCAUUUGAGUCAAGUAGCGAGCUCCAGGGCAGACCCGUUUGCUGCUUCUCCUCUGCACGGAUACGGCGGGCUCAAUCUGAACAUGAAUCUCAGCGCACACCACCACCACGGAGCAGGCGCUUUUUUCCGUUACAUGAGGCAACCGAUCAAGCAAGAGCUCAUCUGCAAGUGGCUGGAGCCAGAGCACUCCGCAAAGAAACUUUGCUCCAAAACUUACAGCACCAUGCACGAACUGGUGACACAUGUGACUGUGGAGCACGUUGGAGGACCCGAGCAAGCGAACCAUAUCUGUUUUUGGGAAGAAUGUCCGCGAGAAGGAAAGCCAUUUAAAGCAAAGUACAAACUUGUGAAUCACAUCAGAGUGCACACCGGGGAGAAACCGUUUCCUUGUCCAUUCCCCGGCUGUGGAAAAGUAUUUGCUCGAUCGGAAAACUUGAAAAUCCACAAAAGGACACACACAGGUGAAAAGCCUUUCAAAUGUGAGUUUGACGGCUGUGACAGACGGUUCGCCAAUAGCAGUGACCGGAAAAAACAUUCCCACGUACACACUAGCGACAAGCCGUACAACUGCAAAGUCAGAGGUUGUGACAAAUCUUACACGCAUCCCAGCUCUUUGAGAAAACACAUGAAGGUGCACUGCAAGUCUCCACCUCCGAGUUCUGGUUACGAAUCAUCGACUCCAUCUCUUGUUUCUCCUUCAUCGGACUUGGGACGGGAGCCAGCUCCCUCGGCGCUCUCGGAGCCCCUCUCAUCAUCGUCCCAGCCGGCCAAUUUAAGCGAAUGGUACGUGUGUCACAGCUCCGGUGCCAGUGGCCCUCAGACCCCACCCAGCGGUUCAUCCACGCCGGGCCAUACAGAGGGACCAACGUACGGCAAUCCUGAACGGAGGGACGCCUUCUAACACAUUGUUAGCCCCGUAACUUUUUAUUUUUAUCUUGGCAAAGUGACUAAAUGACCUUUUCUUAUUUGGACAGUCCAAUUUGGGCUGAAUGGUUCACAGGCUUAUGUCUGUGUAAAUCAGUUCAAAGAGUAAUCUCGUCCACUGUUACUGCCUUACUGAAGGAUGCACUGGCCCUUUGACAGCUAAUGUCACUGCCUAACCACCAAUCGAUUUAAAACAUGUCCCGAGUGUAUAUGUUUCUAAAUAGUGUACUGACCGUACGCAUGUCAAUGUAUAAUUUUGUAAAUUCCGCUUCUGAUUUCAAUAUUUUAAUUUAUUUUUUAAUCGGUAAAGAAUUUCUUUUUGUAUUAUUGAACCAAAGUGCUUAAUUAUUAAACAUGUACAGUUGUAAAUAACCACGUUUUAAUGUCUAUGUGUGAGCAGUAAUUUUGUAAGGUUUUGUCUUCAGCAAUUUUUAAAUGUUUGCUACUAUACUUUGUACAAAAUUAAUAUUUGAAAGUUAUUUGAAUUUCAUAAAAAAAGCCGUAGACUCUUUCCUCGUUUUGUGCUUUCUCCAGCCAAGCCAAUUUGAUGGAAACAGUGUUAUUGUAUUUGAUAUGACGUUUCAGUUAUGAUUAGUCAUUAAUCAAUGUGGUUAUUUUGUGAUUUUGUAAAACUUGUCAGCAAUCCAUUUUUAUGAAAAGUAUGAAUUAUCAGAAGAGACCUUAAAAUGUGUACCGAAAUGCCUUGUAAGUUGUCAGUAUUUUGAAUAAAUUGUGUAUGAUGCAAAGCUAAA